AUGACACUAAGUACGAUGUCAACAAAAAUUGGAAGUGAGGAGGUUCUUCAUCCAACUCCAGAUCAUCUCAAUCAGACUACCCAAAAUGGCAUCUUGGCCCACCAGGAACCUAUCAUUCCCUCCUUUUCUCUGCUCGCUGGAAGCGAUGGCUCAAAACAUAUUCUGCCAACAGUCGCCAAACUAUGCGGCACCGUCGCAGAUGAUAUCGAGGAUGCUUACCCUUGUACGGUAGUGCAGGAAGCCCUGGUAGCAUUAUCUGUCAAAACUCCACGCAUGUAUGUGGCGCGGUACGUGUAUCGUUUAAAGAACGGUAUCCCCUUUGAGCAGUUCCGCACUGCGUGGGAUGCCACCGUCAAAGCUCAUACAAUCAUGCGUACGAGAGUCGUGCAGCUCGGCUCAAGGGGCGUGGUGCAAGUUGUCUGUCGCCAGGGAAUCGAGUGUCAGAAGAGCGAUAAUCUCCAAGAAUAUCUCGCAGAGGACUGCCAGAAGGAGAUGCCACUGGGAGCACCGCUAGCACGAGCAGGUUUCAUUCAGGAUUUGGACCCAGAAAGUCCUGCUCAUCUUGUCAUCACACUGCACCAUGCCUUGUAUGACGACUGGUCGUUGGCCUUGAUCCUGAAACAUAUCGAGGCGGCGUACGCUGAACAACGAGUGCCAGAUCAGCAUUUUUCCCGGUUCACUGAAUACUGUCUGAAGGCGUCCAACGAGGAGUCAGAGAAGUUCUGGUCCAAUGAGCUCACACGCAUGAGUCCGACCUCGUUCCCGGCUGUGCCAGCCGAGUCCUACACGCCAGCAGCGACCAAGUCAUUCAUCCUUGAAACAAAAUUGGCUCAAUCUAUGGAUUUCGACAGUUUAUCCACGACAGUGAAGAUGGCUUGGGCAAUCCUCAUUUCGCGUCAUACAGCAUCCGAAGAAGUUGUAUUCGGUGUCACUGACACUGGAAGACGCGCUACAAUGCCAGCAGUUGAUCUGAUGAGUGGACCAACGAUCGCCACGUUCCCCUUCCAGGUUUUGGUGCAAGGCGACCAAUCAAUUGGCGAGACUUGGAGGCAACUGCACCAUCGUCGGGCAGAGAUGGUCCAGCAUGAGCAGUUCGGCCUCAACCAGAUGCGCAUAUUGUCCUCAGACGCUGCGGCUUUGUGCAAAUUCCAGAGUCUUAUUGUCUUGCAGCCGAAGAGACGUGAUGACUAUUCGCUGUUUAGCGAGGUCACUCAAACACAGGAUCUUGAAAACCAUGCCACAUUCGGAACAUACCCCAUUACACUGGUUGUCGAACCUGACGGGAACACAAUCAGCGUGCAGGCUGUGUACGAUCAUCACAUUGUCCCCGAGGUCCAGAUGAAAAGAAUACUUCAACAGCACUCGCAUAUCAUGAAGUGGAUCAGCCGUGCAGAGAAUUCAUGCGUGGAUGAUAUUGAGGGCUUAUGCCCAGAGGAUCAGAUGGAUUUGAAGACAUGGAAUAGUCUCAGAACUCCUGAAAAUGUCCAAUCUUGCGUUCACGAUUUGAUCUCAGAAAUGUCCCGAUCUCAACCACAAGUCACAGCUGUCUGUGCUUGGAAUGGAGAGCUCUCAUACGAAAGACUCGAAACCCUUUCGAGUGGAUUUGCCGUGCAGUUGUUGGAGGAAGGUCUCAUUAGACCAGACACGGUUGUUCCGCUCUAUUUCGAGAAAUCCAAAUGGACUGCCGUGGCCAUUCUGGGUGUCAUCAAAGCAGGUGGUGCAUUUGCCUUGUUGGAUCCCGCCAUUCCAUUGAAACGAUUACAGAUGAUCUGUGAGGAUACUAGAGCACCGUUCGUGGUUUGCCCUCCAGAAUUGGCAUCGAAUGCAAAGGACCUCACAGGGAGCGUCAUCGUGAUAGACACCGAUGAUAGCCACGACAGUGGACUUGCGGUGCGUGCUCUCAAGUAUCACGGAUCCGAGGUCAGUCCAUCGAAUAUUCUCUAUGUCGUUUAUACUUCUGGGUCCACGGGACAGCCAAAGGGAGUGGUAAUCGAACAUGGAGCAUUCUGUUCAAGUGCGUUGGCCUACAUCAAGGUUGCCGAAAUGGAUAGGGAAACAAGAGCUUUACAGUUUGCCUCGUACUCAUUUGAUGUGAGCGUGACAGAUCAUCUGGCAACCUUGCUUGCCGGUGGCACCAUCUGCAUUCCUUCCCCUGAUGAUCGGAUGAACGACAUCAUCAGUGUCGUUAGUAGAUUCAACAUCAACUAUGCAGACUUUACGCCAUCCUUCCUUCGUUCACUGCGCCCUGAAGAUAUGCCAAGUCUGAGAGCUAUUGCUGUUGGCGGAGAGGCACUGUCCCGAGCAGUGAUCGACAUCUGGGGAAGCCACGUUCGGCUGAUCAAUAUCUACGGACCAGCCGAGUGCUGUGUGCUUACCACCAUUCAGUCUCAAGUUACCUUGGAUUCCGAUCCACUCAACAUUGGAUUUGGUACAGGAGCCGUAUGCUGGGUAGCCGAUAGCAAAAAUCACAAUCGGCUAGUACCCAUCGGUGCCAUCGGCGAGCUUUUAGUCGGAGGACCCAUCGUGGGGCGUGGAUAUUUGAAUGAUCCCCAAAAGACGGCAGCUGCUUUUGUUGAUACUCCCGAUUUUCUCCAUAAAAUGCCAGCCUCAUCACCCCACAAUCGAGUCUACAAGACAGGUGAUCUCGUACAAUAUGCGCCCGAUGGGUCUAUACGCUUCCUGGGUCGAAAGGAUAUGCAAGUCAAGCUUCGGGGUCAGAGAAUCGAGCUUGGGGAAAUCGAACAUUGUUUGAAUCAAUGCUUAGAAGUUGCUGGUUUGGUGGUGGAUGUGAUCAAGCCCAGAAACAACAGUGAAUUGUUGGUUGCCUUCAUUUUGCGAGGCCAAGUGGAGAAAAGAGAUCCAACCAAGCUUCUGCGUGACCCCGAAGAUGACUUCCGGUCCAGCAUUAUCCAGGCAGAGGCACACCUACGAAGCCAACUUCCGGGUUACAUGGUCCCCAAUCUGUUUUUCCAGCUCGAGACAAUGCCUACCACUGCAUCAGGGAAAAUAGACCGAAAAAGACUGAGAGAGCAUACCUCAUCGCUUCCUCUUGAAGAUCUACAGAGAUACGCAGCCGCAAAACAGGAUAAAAGAUAUCCUUCGACUCCGCAGGAGAAGGUUCUCCAUAGCUUGGUGACCCAUCUCCUUGGGCUGAAACCUGAGGCGGCCGGUAUGGAUGAUACCAUGUUCAGCUUGGGAGGAGACUCAAUCACCGCUAUGCGGCUUGCUGGUUUAGCCUUGGAGAAGGGCAAGAGGCUGACUGUUGCUGAUAUAUUUGCACACCCAAAACUUUGUGAUAUGGCGUUGGUGAUGGAAGACUCCGAUCUGGAUUCUGCCCACAAACAAUACGGGUCGUUCUCCCUCAUCCAAACUCCCAACGCCGAGCAAAAUGACUGUGAUUACAUCAAACGCGAGGCAAUGAAUCAAUGCAAUGUCACAAGUGACUCCAUUGAAGACGUAUAUCCCUGUACAGCUUUACAGGAAGGUAUGAUGUUUCUUUCCAUCGCCAACCCUGGUACCUACCAAUGUCGCUAUCUCUACACAAUUCCGCCCGAGAUGACAGAAGAACAACUUCAGCAGGCUUGGAGACAGACCACGGAAGCAAACACCAUCCUCCGUACCCGCCUCUUCCAAGCCGGUUCUAGUUUGUAUCAGGCAGUCAUUAAAGACGACAAUGUGGUAUGGGACAGCCCAGAUAAUCUGGACGAUUAUAUCGUCACUGACAUGCAACGGCAUGUGGAUGUUGGCGGACAGCUUGUCCGAAUGGCUAUUGCCCCGGCCACACCCGAUCGACUUCGAGUUUGGGUUUUGUCAUUGCACCACUCCCUGUGUGACGGGUGGACAGUUCGACAACUUCUGGAGCAGACAGCGGCGGCGUACAGAGGACAGACUUUGGGAGUUCGUCCUUUCAGCUCAUUUGUCGAAUACGUCGUGGGAAAAGAGGGCGACGAAGCAAAGGCUUUCUGGCAGACCGAGCUCGAAAACCUCGACCCGCGAGCUGCAGCCUUCCCAUCAGUUCCUUCGUCCCAAUACUCCCCUACGGCAGGGGCUCCGUUGACAUACCCUGUCAUGGGCCUGUCAAAUAAACGCACCGGCCAUACUUUGACAACAGUCAUUCGUCUAGCUAUCGCCAGUGUGAUUUCGCGAUUUACCGGGUCCUCUGAUGUCGUCGUUGGUGUCACAACAUCAGGACGUAGUGCUUCUCUUUCUGGUAUUCUCUCCGUCACCGGUCCGACUUUAUCUUCCUAUCCUAUGCGUAUCCAACUAAACCCGUUGCAAAGCAUUGAAGCGGUGUUGUCACAAAUUCAAUCAACGUCUAUCCGAGUGCUCGAUUUCGAACAUUUCGGUCUUCAGAAUAUCCGCAAAGUCAGCCCGGAAGCCACUCGCGCCUGUCAGUUCCAGACCUACUUGAAUAUUUGGCCACUCGACGAAUCUGAAGCUCCAGACCCGUUCGUCCAACUGGAUGAUGCUGCUGGCCGUACAGAGUUUGGUGGCUUUGCCCUUGCUAUGAGUUGCAUGUUGGAGUCCCAGAACAGUGGCUUUACCGUGGUGGCAAACUAUGACCCCGAAAUUAUCUCAGAAGAUCAGUUGACAUCACUUCUCUCCCUCGUCGAGCAAGCAGUUCGUCAGAUCUGGUCAGAUGAUUCCAUUGCCCUCGGUCAAAUCCAGGCAGAAGAUUCGGAGACUGGGAUCAAGGAGCCACUACUCAUAAGUUCCCAGCCAUCUGAUGAGAUGGCCUGGCAAAAGCCAAACGUUGAUCCAGCCACACCAGUUGCUAAGCGGCUUCCAUCGACUCCGGUCGAGAUACAGAUGCACAAACUCUGGGCCCAGGUCUUGAACCUCAAUUCAGACCAAAUUGGCAUGGACGACAGCUUCUUCCAACUUGGUGGGGAUUCCAUCGGUGCAAUGAGACUAGUAUCUUGUGCUCGAACAGAUGGUCUCUCUUUGACAGUCGCCAACAUUUUCAAAAACCCCGUGCUGGCCUCCUUGGCGCUAUCUAGCCAACCGUACACAGGGGUAACAUCUUCAAUCGUUCCUCGUUCGGAUGACUUGAGGCAUCACUUAGAGACGAAAGCAAUUUUGCAGGAACUGUAUCUCAAGAAAGCCCCAUUCAACCAAGAUGAUGUCGUGGAUAUUGCUCCCACAACUGAGGUCCAAGCAGACCUAGCAGGAAGACCUCAUGUAUAUUGGCUCCUGGAGAUCAAGGGCACGCUGGAUACUACACAGUUGAAUCAUGCUUGUGCCACGUGGAGCCAAAAACACAGUAUCCUCCGCACGGCCUUCCUUGAUCACCGGAAGCAGCUGGUUCAGGUCGUUUUGCGAGAACAUAAUCCGAGUCUGGUCCCAAAUAUCACCGAAAAGAAUCCCAUGGAUGUUGCGAUAGCCUGGUCGAAGGAAGACUCUUCAACAACUCCGAUCCUUGGCAUUCCCUCACUUUCAUUAGCGCUAGUGCAGCAGGAUCCAUCAAAUUCCGUAUUAGUGGUGAGACUCUCCCACGCACAGUACGAUGGCUUAUGCAUACAAAGGCUGCUGGAAGAUCUUCUCGACCUAUACCAUGGCAAGGAGGUCGCAGCGUCGGCGGACUUCGCAAAGUAUGUGCACCACUGUCGCGACCAUGAGUCUGAGGCGUUUGGGUUCUGGAAAAGCCUCCUCAUGGGCGCCGAGAUGACGCCGCCCAUGCUCCCUAAGGAACUGUCUGUCACCUGCGAGCCAUCUAUCAUUGAAUCUGUACAGCAGGUGCCUCUCAUGACCUUGCCGCCUGGGAUUACAAUGGCAACAGUUGUGAAGGCAGCAUGGGCUAUGGUGCAGUUCCAGUUCCAUCAGACCAAUGAUGUCGUGUUCGGUCAACUAGUCGUGAGCCGGAACACGGGUGUCGAGGAGUUGGAUCAAGUGGUCGGACCCUGUAUCAACCGCAUUCCUGUGCGCGUCCAGAGGGUCGCAGGGGAGUCACCCCUUCGAUUCCUGCAGCGAAUCCAGCAGCAACACGCAGACUCGUUGCAAUUUGACACUCCAGGUCUCAAGGCCAUAGUCAAGGGCUGUACCGAUGGGUGGUCCCCAGAUACUAUGUUUGGGUCGUUCAUUAAUCACAUACCCAAGGACUCCGCCGAUGAUGAGUUCGAAUCUGGAGGCUUGACUUGCAGACUAGACGCCUGGACCAAAAACGCACCUCCUCCAAACAUCCGGUUGACCUCGACCGAGGGAGAAAUGUUGAAGAUCAGGAUCAACGCUUCCAGUGAGAUCUCAACCAAGGCCCAUCUGGAUGAGCUCAACGCUAGGGUUUGUAAAAUGAUAUUGGAAUUGUUGCAUGAUGUGUAUACUCCCUUUGCCGGCAUCUGA